AAUAUUGGAAUGAAGACUAGAAUAGAACUUUAAUGUCACUUUAAAUGUCUUUAAAGAAAAGAAGAAGAAAGUCUAAUCUUAAAAAAAAAGCACUUUCGGGAUAGGCGUGGCUGAAAUUUCUCCUUCGCUCGUCUGGUUGAAAGCAACGCUUGCAGUGGCGGCGCCGUCCGGGAGGGGUCGCCCGCGGAAGGGCCGCCGGCUGCCGCGAAGCAAGGGGCGGGGACAGGCGGGAGCAGCUGCAGCCGCGCAGCCCCUCCGGUCAGCCGGGACUCCCCCCAAGGCGCCCCCGGGCUUCCCCGCCCCCCCCCCCCGGGUGGAACCCAGACGGGAGAUCGGUGGCCUCUUUGCCGUUUGCGAAAGCAAACAGGCGAGAGAGCAUCAAAACGAACUAGAAGAGGAGGGAUCAGAAGAAGCAGAAAGACUUGGCUUUUCCAUUAGGCCUGCCAAAGCAAAGCAACUUAGGAACCACUUGAAAAAAUCAAAAGCGAUCCGUUCAGUGGGAUGGAGGAGCACUGGGGCACACAAUGGGAGCCAUUUCUCGAGACACAACCGACCUACCCAGAUGGGAACCUGGAGGCUUCCCCCUGGAAUGACCCCAAGGCCUUCCUGGCCUCCUUUGAGCAGGUGGCCACGGCCUGCCGGUGGCCCAGAGGAGAGUGGGUGGCCCAACUCCUGCCAGCCCUUUAUGGAGAAGCUGAAGAGGCCUUUCAGAGCCUGGACACCAUUCAUCAAGAGGAUUAUGAGAACGUGAAGGUGGCCAUCUUGAGGGGAGAUGCUGUGAAAAGCGAGGCCCAGCGUCAACGUUUCAGGCAGUUCUACUGCCAGGAAGUGGAAGACCCACGAAAGGUUCAAAGCCAUCUCCAGGAGCUUUGCCACCAAUGGCUGAAGCCGGAGAGACACACCAAGGAUCAGAUUCUGGAGCUCUUGAUCUUAGAGCAAUUUUUGGCCAGCCUACCUCCAAAGCUUCAGGACUGGGUUCAGUCAAAGAGGCCGCAGACAAGUUCCCAGGCGAUGGCCUUGAUGGAGAACUUCCUUAGGAGCCAGCCAGAAGACAAAUCCAAGCCGUAUCGGGAGCCAUUGAAAGGGAAGCAUGUGAUUUUCUUACACGAAGAAGGCUCUGUGGAGACUGGGAACAGUGAACAUGUGGCAGGUAUUAGAGGGCAGCGGAUGGAGAAAAUGAGGAAAGAAGAAAAAGCGGGAAGUCCAAAGUCGGAAGCGGAAACAGAGGGAGGAAAACUGCCAGUUGCCGCUCAGUCUGAGUCCGAGCGACAACCGGAAUGGGCAGCAUCUCCGAAGAACAAAAAUGAUCCGUUUGUGGGGGUGGCCGAGAGCUGGGAAAUCCAGUGGCAGCACUUCCUCCAGACAUCACAACCCCCUCCCAAUGGAUGGAAGAAUCCGAUGAGGUCAGAGGAUUCCCCCUGGGGAAACCCCAAGGCCUUCCUGCUCUCCUUUGAGCAAGUGGCCAAUGCUUGCCGCUGGCCUAGGGAAGAAUGGGCCACCCAGCUCUUCCCAGCCUUGAGCGAAGAAGCGGACGAGGCCGUUCAAAACCUGGAAAUCCAAGAGCGAGAAGACUAUGGCAAAGUGAAGGCGGCCAUCUUGCGAGGGGAGACCCUGAAGACGGAGAUGCAACGGCAGCAUUUUCGGCAGUUCUGCUGCCAGGAAUUGGGAGACCCCCGGAGGCUUUACGGCCAGCUCCACCGGCUCUGUCUCCAAUGGCUGAAGCCAGAGAGACACACCAAGGAACAGAUCCUGGAGCUGCUGAUCCUGGAGCAGUUCUUGGUCAGCCUCCCACCGGACCUCCGGAGCUGGAUCCGAGCGGGAAGGCCAGACACCUGUUCCCAGGCGGUGGCCCUGGUGGAGGACUUCCUAUCAAGUCUGCAAGAGGCCAAAUCUGGAUCCUGUCAGGAGCUGUUGAAGGAUGACCCUGUGGAUUUUGAUCCUGGAGAGGAAGAACUCUUGGAAACAAUGAAGAGGGAAAGAGUUGAGAUGGAGAUCAGUAUGUUGGGUAACGGAUGGGAAAGUGGAGUCAAGAUGGACAAUUCUUUGGAUGAAGAUGAAAAUCUGGAGGCAACCUACGGGGCAGAUUCCCCAAGACACCCUAUGAAUCCGAUGUUACACUUCGAGUCAAAACAGCAGACCCAGGAGACACCCACAGAGGAUGAGAAGGAACGCCUUUUGUUGGGAAAAAGAUUUUCUACUGCUGUUAUUGGAAAGACCAAUUUAUCCAGCAGGGAUAAAACGCCUUUGUUCUCCAAGUAUGGUCGGAAAUAUCACUACAGAGUGGAACUCGACAUGAUCGAUUCCUCGGAGGACUUUGAAGAAUGGCCUAGCUCCGAGGAAGAUGUUCAAUAUUUUUCUGACUUCUGCGGAAAGGAAGAAAAUAGAAGAGUUGAGAAAAAGUGUAAGUUUUCUGCGAAGAGAAACAGGAAUCGGUUGGACAGAUAUCAAUGUAGUUAUCUAGAAGAAGAACACGACCGUUCUCUUGAGUACGUGAAAACCUUCAGUAAUGCAAACGCGGUAAAUAUCAUUCAGGCCCCUGACGAUGCUGAAAGGAAAGUGUAUGAAUGUUCUCAGUGCGGAAAACAAUUUGGUAAAUUUAGUCAGUGGAGCCAACAUCAGAAAAUCCACACCGGAGAAAAGCCGUACGUAUGUUCCCAUUGUGGAAAGUCGUUUAAUCAAGCAGGAAAUCUGAAGACCCACCAGAAUAUUCAUACCGGAGAGAGACCCUACAGAUGUUCCCAAUGUGGGAAAAGCUUCAACCAGGCAGGGAAUCUGAAGACCCACCAAAAAAUCCAUACCGGGGAGAGACCCUACAAAUGUCCUCAGUGUGGGAAAAGCUUCACCCGAGGGAUCCUUUUGAAGAUACAUCAAAGAAUCCACACUGGAGAAACACUGUACAAAUGUUCCGAGUGCGGGAAAGGAUUCAAUGAGAUGCGGAACUUGAAAAGACACCAGAGAAUUCAUACCGGAGAGAAACCUCAUAGAUGUUCCCAGUGCGGGAAAUGCUUCACCGAGGCAGAUGUCCUGAAGAUACACCAAAGGACACACACCGGAGAGAGGCCGUACAAGUGUUCGGAGUGUGGGAAAUGCUUCAACAAAUCGGGAACUUUGCGGAGACAUCAAAGAAUUCAUACCGGGGAGAGACCCUACAAAUGUUCUCAGUGUGGGAAAGGUUUCAACCAGAUGGGAACGUUGAAAAAACACCAGAGGCUUCACCCGGGCGAGAAACACUACAAAUGUUCUCAAAUCCACGCGGCAAUUUACAUCGGCGAGAAGCCGCACAAGUGCUCUGACUGCGGGAAAUGUUUCCGACAGGCCGGACUUCUGAAGAGGCAUCAAAGAAUUCAUACCGGCGAGAGACCCUACCGAUGUUCUCAGUGUGGGAAAUGGUUCAAUCAAUCAGGAACUUUGAAAAGACACCAGAGGAUUCAUACCGGAGACAAACCACACCAGUUCCUUAGCGGUAGAAAUACACCUGUCAAGGAAGUGACUUCAUUGGAGCAGUUGAAGCUCAGUUUACAAUCAAGAGACCAAGAUAAGGGAGCAUCGCCUUGGAUCCAGGAAGACUCAUUCAUUGGGAUGAUGGAAGCGCGCUGGGAAACGCAGUGGCAGCAAUUCCUCCAGACCCUUCAACCCUCUCAUCCCAGAGAAGGAACUCCAGCAAGAUCAAGGAAUUCUCCCUGGGAAGAUCCCAAGGCCUUCCUGGCUUCCUUCGAGCAGGUGGCCAGAGCCUGCCGGUGGCCCAGAGGAGAGUGGGUAACCCACCUCCUGCCAGCCCUUUGCGGAGAAGCUGAAGAGGCCUUUCGCAGCCUCGACACCAUUCACCAAGGGGAUUACGAGAACGUCAAGGCCGCCAUCUUGAAAGGGGAAGCGGUGAAAACGGAGGCCCGGCGUCAACGCUUCAGGCAGUUCUGCUGCCAGGAGGUAGAAGACCCUCGGAUGGUUUACAAGCAGAUCCAGGAGCUUUGCCACCAGUGGUUGAAGCCGGAGAGACGCACCAAAGAGCAGAUCCUGGAGCUGCUCAUCCUGGAGCAGUUCCUGGCCAGCCUCCCUCCAAAGCUCCUGGGCUGGAUUCAACCCAGGAGGCCGGACACAUGUUCCCAGGUGGUGGCCCUGGUGGAGGACUUCCUGCGGAGCCAGCAAGGGACCAAAUCCGAAGCCCGUCCGGGGCCCCAAAAUGAAGACCUAGCUGAUUUUGAACAGGCUGAGAAGGAGCCCUUGGAGGCUGUGAAGAGAGAAAACAUUGAAGUGGAGAUCAAAGUGCCAGGCGAUGGAACCAAAUCCCCAAAUCCGCUCAGCUCGUUGCUUCCUCUCGAAGAACCUGGAGUGGUCCAAACUGCGCUGAAAGAGGACCUCAAAGAAACAGACAUGUGUUUGCAGGCAGCCAAGCAGAGGCUGACCCAUGCAGCCCACCAGAGCGUAGCCUGGCAGGUCCUGCAGGAAGAACGUCAAAACAUAGGUUGUUUAAGUGAGGAUGGUGACAGACAGGAGAAUAGGUUUAAAGUGCAGAAUUUUCAGGGUGGAGAAGAUGCAGAAGAGAUGUGCGGGAGAGACCCUGUGACAAGCCCUGAGAAUCUGCCAUUAAAAGCCGAGAUGGAAGAAGAAAGCUGUGAUUCCGAUCAGCAGAGAUGGAGGCCACCGCUGGAAAUUGAGAAUACCCACAACGUGCUUGAAAAGGAUCUUACUGUUACAGAAAAGACCAACAAGGGUAAAGUGUCCAUGUUCUCCCAAUAUGAUAAGAGGUACCUCUACCAGGUGGAACUGAAUCCAAUACCUUCUGCGGAGAAAUUGGAUCAACAUCCUCAGAGAUUUGAGGACAGCUACCAGCGUACUUCAAACAUGAAUCAAGAGGAAAAAGAUAUCGUAAGUGAGCAAAGGGUUGAAAUCUCCGAGAACGGAAUAGAGAGUAACGCAAACGCUUAUCUGAGUAACAAUCUCAGAGAGACACAUAACAAUUCUCCCGAAUCCGGGAAAACCUUGACUAACCCAAACUCACUAAACAGAUUUCCGGUGUGCAAUCCCGAAGAGGAAUGGUACGAAUGUUCUCACUGUGGGAAGGGCUUCAACAAGGCCAAAUACUGGAAGCAGCACCAGAAAAUUCACACCGGGGAGAAGCCGUACAAAUGUCUACAGUGCGGGAAGUGCUUUAACCAGUCGGGAAAUCUGAAGACCCAUCAAAGGAUUCACACCGGCGAGAGGCCCUACAAAUGUUCCCACUGUGGGAAAUGCUUCAGCCACACCAACUGUUUGAAGAUGCACCAGAGGAUUCACACCGGGGAGACCUACAAAUGCACUCAGUGUGGGAAAUGCUUCAGAGAGACGGGAAUCCUGAAGAGGCAUCAACGAACCCACACUCGGGAGAGGCCAUACAAAUGUUCCCAGUGUGGGAAAUGUUUCAGCCUGUCGGGAAUCCUGAAGAGACAUCAAAGAACCCACACUGGUGAAAGACCCUACAAAUGUUCUCAGUGUGGGAAGGGCUUCAAUCAGAUGGGAACGUUGAAGAAACACCAGCGAAUUCACACGGGCGAGAAGCCAUACAAAUGUUCUCACUGCCAGAAAUGCUUCAACGAGAGAGGAAAUUUGAAGAGGCAUCAGAGAAUCCAUGCCAGGGAGAGCCUUAAUAUCAUACAAGAAUUCAUCUUGGAAAAUGACCAUAUCAAUGUUAUCAAGGUGGGAAAGACGUCUACAGAGCAAGAAUUCUAAAGUGA